ACUGGCUAUUCAGAUGAAGGUCAUGACGAGUAAGGACUGUGAAGUUCAAAGCAUGCUCAAAGGACUUAACUUUACCAAACUCUAUCUGGCCAGUGAGGCAAAGAAGGAGGUAGAUGCUACCAUUUUUGGAGAAGAUCUUUGCCGUGCACUUCUGCGUAACUGUUCAUAUAUACCCCCAGACCUCUCUAGGUUCAUUAACACCACAGCUCCAAAUUGCUUCUCACAUGUUUCUGAAGAUUGCUCAGGCUCUAAAGACGGAAUGAAAUUCUUUGGUAACUUUACCGGAUUGCCAUGUCCAAAGGAGUGUCCAUGCUACAAGGACAAAGGUACAGGAGACAGUUUUUCCUUUGAUCAAAAUGGACUUCCUCUACCGUGUCCAAAUAUAGACAUGAAUGUUACUCUAUCAAGGGCCAGGAACGAAACGUCAGAAGCAGGAGUGUUUGAGGCAACUUCUGUCAUGGGUACAUGUUCCCGCUAUGCGAAGUAUUUGGAUACUUGGGCCAGACUUACAGAUGACACAAAACAAAAGAUAAAAACGUUCCUCUCCAACCCUGCCGAUCCAAGUGUCACCUACCAAGACAUCGAGAAAAUGCCCAUCGAAGCUUUUUCUUCUGCUAACAAGACAUUGUGGCGAGAGGUCAUGUCCAAGGCAUCAGACAGACAAAAACUGGCUAUUCAGAUGAAGGUCAUGACGAGUAAGGACUGUGAAGUUCAAAGCAUGCUCAAAGGACUCAACUUUACCAAACUCUAUCUGGCCAGUGAAGCAAAGAAGGAGGUAGAUGCUACCAUUUUUGGAGAAGAUCUUUGUCGAGCACUUCUGCGUAACUGUUCAUAUCUACCCCCAGACCUCUUUAGGUUCAUUAACACCACAGCUCCAAAUUGCUUUUCACAUGUCUCUGAAGAUUGCUUAGGCUCAAAAGACGGAAUGAAAUUCUUUGGUAAUUUUACCGGAUUGCCAUGUCCAAAGGAGUGUCCAUGCUACAAGGAUAAGGGUAUAGGAGACAGCUUCUCCUUUGAUCAAAAUGGACUUCCCCUACCGUGUCCAAAUAUAGACAUGAGUGUUACUCUAUCAAGGGCCAGGAACGAAACGUCAGAAGCAGGAGUGUUUGAGGCAAAUUCUGUCAUGGGCACAUGUUCCCGCCAUGCCAAGUAUUUGGAUACUUGGGCCAGACUUACAGAUGACACAAAACAAAAGAUCAAAACUUUCCUCUCCAACCCUGCCGACCCAAGUAUCACCUACCAAGACAUCGAGAAAAUGCCCAUCGAAGCUUUUGCUGCUGCUAACAAGACUCUGUGGCGAGAGGUCAUGUCCAAGGCAUCAGACAGACAAAAACUGGCUAUUCAGAUGAAGGUUUUGAUGAGUAAGGACUGUGAAGUUCAAAGCAUGCUCAAAGGACUUAACUUUACCAAACUCUAUCUGGCCAGUGAAGCAAAGAAGGAGGUAGAUGCUACCAUUUUUGGAGAAGAACUUUGUCGAGCUCUCCUGCGUAACUGUUCACAUCUACCGCCAGAUCUUUUGAGAUUCAUAGACACAACUAUUCCAAAUUGCUAUUCACAUGUCUCCGAAAAUUGUUCAAAGUCUAGAGAUUCAUUUGGUAACGCUACUGGACUGCCGUGCCCAAAAGAGUGUCCCUGCUAUCGUGAUAUUGCCGGCGAUAGCCUCUCAUUUGAUAUAAUGGGACAGGCCUUGCCUUGUCCUAAUAUCGACAAGAAUGUUACACUAUCUAAGGCCAGGAACGAAACUUCGGAAGCUGGAGUGUUUGAGGCUUCUUCUGUCAUGGGAACAUGUUUCCGCCAUGCUAAAUAUUUGGAUACUUGGUCCAGACUUACAGAUGACACAAAACAAAAGAUCAAAACUUUCCUCUCCAACCCUGCCGACCCGAGCAUCACCUACCAAGACAUCGAGAAAAUGCCCAUCGAAGCUUUUGCUGCUGCCAAUAAAACUCUUUGGCGAGAGGUCAUGUCUAAGACAUCAGACAGGAAGAAGUUGGAGAUUCAGAAAAAAAUCCUCAUGAACACUGACUGUGAAGUCCAAAGUAUGCUCAAAGGACUCAAUUUUACAAAGCUGUAUCUGAGCAGUGAAGCUAAAAGUGAAGUCGAUACCUCCAUUUUCGAUGAAAAGCUUUGUCGUGCUGUCCUACGUAACUGCUCGGGUUUCUCUGAGGGUAUGUGGGGAUUCAUAAACAACACUGCCUCAAACUGUUUGCCAUAUGUUCCACAAAAUUGUACACAACUCCGAGGUCCGUUUAUACCAUUGGGAAACACGACUAAGGAUGUUUUUAUGCCUGUGUCCACUUUGGAUCCAUCUAUGACAAUGCCCCCUAAAAGCGGGAACACAACUAGAGAUGCUCUUACGCCUAUGCCUACUAGGGAUGCAUCUAUGACCAAGCCCUUGUCUACUGCAAUGCCAAGCAAAAGCUCACCUAGUAUUAUUACUCAAGCCCCAGUAGUUACACCCAAACAAUUUAGUGGAUGCGAUCCUGGUUCAGAGGGACUUCAAUGUCCACGAAACUGUUCUGAUUGCUACAGGAACAAAGCGUCUACGGACUGUUACUCUUAUGACAAGUAUGGGGCCUUUCUUGGUUGUCAAUCCUUUGCCAGAAAUACGACUAUGAUGAAGGCUUUGAAUGAUACAACUGACGCAAAGGUAUUUACCGCAUCAGCUGAAAUUGGAACAUGUUCUAGACUUGCUAAAUACUUAAGAAAAUGGAUCAGUCUUACCGCUGCUACCCAGGACAAAGCCUUACAAUAUUUGAGGGAUCCAAAGUCAGUGUCUGAUGAUGACGUCAAGAGACUUCCUAUUGAGAUAUUUGCCAUUGCCAAUAAAACUUUACUUGAUAAUAUAACACGACAAGCCUCUACUGAUCAGAAGUUGUACCUGGCUACUUCCGCCUCCCUCACCAGAAGCUGUCAAGUCCAGGAUCACCUCAGCUCAUUCAGCUUAGAACAAACAUUUAAGGAUGCAAAGCAAUCUGGAGCCGUGGAUUCUACUUACUUCAAUGCUUCUUUAUGUAAAGCUUUUAUGGAUGGACAGUGUGAUAUGCCAAUGAGCAAGUGGCAGUUUGCUGUAGAUCAUGCCCAGGAAUGUCUUCUUGAUAAAGCUGUCUGUCUCAAAGACGUCAAUGACGCUACACUGGAGAAUCUAUUAUCAGUUGAGUCCAUGAAAGGGUUGUGCAACAAGACGAAUAUUGAUGAUAGAUCGAAAGAGCUGUUCCAAAGCCGCUUAAAUUCGUAUCUCGGCAACAAGACCACGUUCACUUGUGAUCAGGAUUUCCUUCUUUUGAUGAAUCUGUGUAACUUGAAACCAAAAUACGUGACAAAGUUUUGCACCAGUGCCAAAGUUGCGCAAUAUACACCCUCAACAGAACAAUCUCGAGAAUGGGAAAUCAUAAAAACAGAGUACUUAAACAAACAACAAGUUGACUUCUCAGCAAUGGACAAAGCCACUCUUUCCUCGUAUUUACCGAUUUCAAAGUCCACGAUGAAAUCCCUGGAUGCUGCAGUUCUAACAAAAGUCAAAGACGCAGUUUGUACAGAUAAUGUUUUGGAUAAUGCCAAAUUCACCGAUGGACAGAUACGAGAGGUGAUGGAUGUGCUUCGAAUCAAAGGAAAGCUGGACAAGACUACUGACAAAGAUUGUCUGCUGAAGUAUGUCCCAGCCGAGAUUGUCGACUCCUUGUCCGAUUCUGAUUUAACAACGGCUUAUAAUCAGAACAAAAUUAAUGUAACCAAACUUACUCCACCUCAGGCUAAAAGAGUUUUGGUACUAAUAAGCGGAAGUUUGACAUCAGAAACACAGAUCAAAGAUAAUGCCGACCUGUUAGUAAGGGGCGGAUCCAACUCUCUUCCCUCACUCAAAGACAAGUCUGCAGAGACCAAGAAGGCAUACAUUAAGAGUAUAAAGAACCAACAGCAAGAAAAUAAAGUGAACCCCUCUGUUGUCACGGCGGUGGUAGAAGCGUCCUUAGACACAUCUGAUCGUGAAGGGUCUUUUAAAACGCUAGCAUCCGAAUCCUCAGAGGAUAUGAUGAGUUUUAUACCACCAGAUUUCAUUACGGACAUGAGUUCAUCAGAUGUUCAAAAUCUCGCCAGUUGGCCCGACUUGAAGUCGGUUAAACUCCCAAAGAAUCUGGGAAAAGCUUUGAUACAGAAAGUACAAGACACUGGAAUAGCACUGAACGACCCUGACGUCGUUUCCAACCUGGUGGCAGUGGUAGGAUCCGCACCCAAAUCCCUGUUUAACACAAUAGACACAAAUAACGCCAACUGCCCCACAAUUCUAUCAUCGGUCGCUGAAUCAGAAGCCAUUUCAGCAGAAAAGUACGAGCAUGUGUGUAAGAAGUUAGAGACCUGUCUGACUUCCACCAAUGUAGACCUCUCUGAUGCUUCCUCGCUUUCCGGGAACGCUCUAGCCUGCUUCAAUAAAACUGCGCUGAAGGCUGUUAGUGGGAGUUGCUCAGAUAUAACAACAAAGAUGUGCACUGCUGACUUCUCACUGCUGGAUGGAAAACAGAGAAAAAGUGAAAUCAAAGAAUACGUCUUUGAAUGUCUAGGGAUUACUAACACCAUUACUGGCUCACAUAUUAACAGUAUGGGAAGCUGCGCAGAACUGUUGUCUGACUCUGAUAUUCCCAAGAUGGACAUAACAGCCAUGGAAGCCAUCUUUAAUAUUCUCUCCUCCAAAUUCACUUGCCUGAGCAAGAUUGGUGCCUACGUCGAAAAAUAUGUUACUCUAAAAGGAAGUACCAUAACAACUACUGACAUCGUCCAUCUGGGCGACUGGGCUAUACAUCUACAAAGCAGCUUAUUUUCGGGCAUGACGGGAAUCUGUGAUACUGUAUCCACCAUUGGGGAAGCUCUAAAGGAAAGAGACGCCAUAAAGCAGGAACUCAUAGAAGAAGGAUUGUUUACUGAGUGCAAAGAAGAAAUCAGUGAAAUCAAAAAAGAAAUCGGGGAAUAUAUCAUCGCCGCCAUAGAAGACUGUACCGCAGCCAGACGACGGAAGAGAAACACAGGCACUAUCACGUGUUCUCAGCUAACUGACAUGGGGUCGUCCAUGCUAAGUUCCCUGACAACUUCACAACUCUCCGGAAUCCAGGAUGCUGAUUUUAUCCAAUGUGUGAGUUUACUGGGAAGCCCGACCGAUUACAGCGCAGAGCAGAAACAAGCUCUAGCCAGCAUUGCCAAGAGAGGAACGGUGUAUGGUAGUCCAAGCACGUGGUCGUCCUCCACAAUACAGAGUCUGGGGUCAAUCGUCCAGGGUCUGACCUCGGCGGAACUUGACAUGAUGACCUUUAUCUAUGACGACAUUGCGCAGCUCGGGGCGUACUCAGGAUGGGAGGACUCGCAGAAAACCACCAUAUUUGGAAAUUGGACUAAGUCGAGUACCAUAGCAACUAUAACAUCAUCAGAGCUGAGGUCAUUAGGUCACAUGAUUUGUGCAAUGUCUACAGGCCAGAUAUCCCAAAUUACCCAAGCUGUUUAUGAAGCAUCUGCUGAUAAGGUUGGGGAAGUGACGAGCUGCAGUGAUACUCAGAUGGUAGAAUUUGCCAACCACGCCAAGACUGCUUUUGGUAAUGUGUACAACUGGACGAGUGUCCAAGUCACCAACGUCGGGGCUCACAUCGGUGGCCUCAGUAAGACGGAGAUCGCCACGUUGACUGAGGCUCAGAUUGAUGAGAUUUUAGCCUCUCACGUUACCCUUAUUCCAUCCUCAGUGUUUUCAGGUUUUACUGCUACUCAGCUGGGAAAUUUCAGUCCAGCUCAAGCGCAAGCCACCACCACCACUCAAAGAUCCACCCUGGAUUCUUCACAAAUGUCGGCUCUAGAGAGCGCUGCGGGCGUCAGUUUCUCCAGCUCCAGUGGAGUUGACCGCGCUGUUCAGAUGUCAUGGUUGGCUGUCUCUCUGUCCGUGCUCCUGGCCUUGUUUCUCUAGAAAGACAUUAAUUUAAUGAAUUCCAGUGUUAGAUACCAGUGAUAUUAAACACUUUGUUGUCGUUUCACUGCUCAGUAUUAAACUGUUACUGUUGUUAUAUUUGUUGUUAAGAUCUCCCCCGUGAUGAUGAGCAUGCGUUAGUAGGAUGGCUUGUGGAUUAACUGCUGGCGGUUAGUACUAAAUGAAUACUGGCAACGCUCCGGAAGUGCCCAAGUAUCUCACACAUGCGAUCAUUUUUCUGAAAACUAUUUUCUACUGUUUUAAAUGUGAUAACUGUUUGUUCUUAAAAUUUUAGCAUUGUUCAAUUUUUAUACUUUAACAGGUUACAGAAUGAGAUCAAUAAUAAUUUAUGACUUUUGUAACCAAUUUUUAAAAAAUAAAUUUAAUAAAUGA